AGCAACUAUAAAUACCCUUACAGCUACCCUCACAUGCACAAGUUGAUACCUCUAACAACAACUCAACCAUCACUUUGUUUUCAGCUGGGGGAUUCCCAAAAAGUAGUUCACAAAUUAAGCCUCCAAAGCACAAACCCAAAGUGGUUUUUCUUUGAGAGAAAAAAGGGUGGUUUUCAGGUGAUCCAACACCAUGGGAAAUUGCAUGGAGAGGAGCAGACAAGGCCAAGAAGUGGGGAGAAAACAAGGGGAGCAAGAAAAUGAAGAGAAAGAAAGUGGGUUUGUGAAGGAAGGUGGUUUUGAGAAUGGUGGUGGUGGUAUUAGGAUUAAGAUAGUUUUGACAAAGGAGGAGCUGGAGUGGUUGAUGUUUGAGUUGCAGAAGGGUAAAAAUGGAAAGAAGCUAGAAGAUGUAUUGGGUGAGAUAGAGAAGGGGAGAGGGAAAAUUGUGGGGUGGAAACCUUCCCUAGAGAGUAUAGUGGAGAGCCGUGAAGUUGUUGAGAUGGACAGAUGAGUCCCUCCAAUUUGCUAGUUUUUUCUCCUCUUUUUCCUUCUUCUGAUGGGUGGGGUGGGGCUUUUUAGUAAACUUGUAAAUUAUGCUUUUCCUUUUGAGAAGAGCCCUGAAGUGCUCGGGAUGUAAAAACAGGAGAAAAACAGGAGUUCUUCAACAGAAAUCUUUUCUUCUCUGUU